UACAAAGUUGAUAGCCUACGUCGUCGGUUGUUCUGGAAUCUAUUUCUACCCGAUUGGCGAUGUGUUUCGUCGUUGCCUUCUCUCCUCCCGUGUUCUAUGCCUGCGCCGGCCCGGCCGCUGCUAGCUGUUACCCAAGUUCGAGGUAGAAGAGAACGCUGCCUGCGGUCACGUCGUUCAGAAACUUCGUACCUUCGGGAGGAUACAGUCGAUCGUUAUAGUAGUUUAGUUCGCUUGUAGAAACGGCUAUUCUAAUCCUUGCUCAUCUUUCUUGGAAGUGAGUGACCGUAACGGUUUGCGCGCAAUUUCUACCUGCUGUGUUGGAAAGUUCCUAAAAAGCCGGGUCAGUGUUUUGCGGUGGUCGUUUGGGAAAGUGAUGCACAUUGUUCUACCCGUGGAAUUCGAGUCGAUCUAUUUGGACCCGUUCUGAGCCCGCGGAGGUGUGAUUGGCUUCGGAAGAUACCUACGCUGCUCGUGGAGGGAAACUCUCCAUAUUUAUUUUUGGGACCCCGGUGCAAACAAAAGCCGUCAAAAUUCCGCUGUACAGGGAUCAUUCGUUGUACCUCUACAAGCUCGUCUACAGAGCCAACAGAAAGAGGCGCGCCAAAGCGAUGCAUACCAUUGCCUACAAUACCAAAUUUUUCAUCGAGAACUACUCGCACGUAGACGACGAUGACGAGCUGUACCUGAACUACGACUGGUCGUCCGAUUCGAUGUCGAUCAAAAGCAAUAUGAGCAACGCUAGCCAAUAUCCGGAUUCGGACGGGAGUGGAGAGAGGCUGUCGUUGGCCUACGAGAAACUGUCCAAGAUUCCACGUAAAAUCGCGGAAAAGUUCUCCAAGACGACGACCAUCCUGGAUCUGAGCUACAACGAUAUCAAAGACCUCUCCUUCCUGAGCCACUUCCGCAAUCUCAACACUCUCAUCCUGGACAAAAACCCCCAACCGGACGAGAAAACCCUGCCAUCGUUACCGAACCUUUCACUCCUGUGGCUCAACCACUGCGAAAUCGACAACGUCCAAAAGUGGGUCUACCGAAUCCGCGACUGUUGCCCAUCGCUCCGCUACCUCUCUCUAAUGGGUAAUCCGGGUGCAACCUCCUCCUUUAACGGGAACUCCACCCUCGAGCACAACGACUACCGCAUGAUGGUGAUCAGUAUUCUGCCCCAGUUAAGCCAUCUGGACGACGCGGAAGUGACCUCCGCCCAGCGGGCACAAGCCAAGCAGUACAAGCACACCUACAACAUCGGGCAGACGCAGUUCAACAUCUUCGAAAGCGUUGGCCGGGGACAGCAGAUGAGCCGAAAGGCUGCCCAGCGGCGGCAACGCAAGAAGGAACAGGAACUGCAGCAUAGGAAGGGGGAUGCGUCGGAUGAUUCCUGAGGAUUGGCUGAUUGACCAAAGCUUCGGGGAAAAAAAAAAGAUUUAUUUCGAAUAUACUAGACUUAAGCAUGAGACUGCUGAUAUCAUUUGUAUACGUGUAUAUAUUUGUUGCGUUGGGACGAGUUUGAUGUUUACUUGUCACCAGUUUUAAGUACAAAUGUGAACGAUAUUAUUUGUAA